GAUCUCUCUCCAUCCCGAUCUCAGAACCUCUGUUGUCAUUCGUGACGAGGCUCUCAUUUCUGCUCACUUGGAGCUGAAGCGUCGACAUGCAGGCAUCUGACAUUGAAACAGGCAGCACGGCAUCAUCAUCCUGCCCCCUGUCGCCAGACCUCCGCCCUGCGACCAUGCCGCCACCACCGCCACAGAACAGCAAGUGCAUCAUACCGGCGGUGGGCCGCUCCUGCGGUGUGCACAGCAGCGACUGGCGGCAGGUGAGGAGGAUAAGGGGCGGGAAAGUGGCAUGAAUUCGUGUCGUUGUAUCCAUCAGGCGAUAGCGAGUCAGUGGACACCCAUCGCUGCCGACUGCCUGUCCAAAACACUGACGGACGAAGCCGGCCGCGACUCGUCUCACAGCUCCAACCGGCCCAUCUGGAUCCUCGACUGCGGCGCCGGCCAGGGCAAAUCGUCCGGCGGUGUCAUGACCGCUCUCCUCAAGGCCAUCCGCGAGCAGGAUCCCAAGCGGCCAGUGUGUGUGCUGCACCAAGAUCAGGCGGGCAAUGAUUGGAGUGAGAUGUUCAAGACAGUGCACGGUGGCUAUUUGCAGCGGGACAUCAAUGCCCUGGCUUUCGCCUCGGGCACAUUGAUGGUGAGAGAGAGGGAGAGGGGGGGGGAAUGCUUGUGCGCAUCUGUCGCUGUAUGCACGUGGUAUGUGUCUGCAGAAUGGUCGUCUCUUGCCGGACGAGAGUCUUCACCUGGCCAUGGCAUUUGACAACAUUCACUGGUACACAUACACAGACAGCAGGCUUGAUUGACAUCUGUGUCAAGCUUGUGCUCUCCAUUUGUGCAGGCUGGACAGAUACCCACUGCCCCUGAGUGACGGGCUCGUCCACUCCUGCAGCAAGGACCCUGCAGCCGUCACCGCAUGGGCAGAGGUACACACACACACACACACCUCCCCCGGUAUACAUUGCUGCCUGCCUGCCUGCCUGCUUUCGUCGAAUGGAGGUCAAGAAGCGUGAAUGGGAGAGCUUCCUGUCUGCCCGCAGCGCUGAGCUCAUCGACGGAGGGCAUUUGUGCGUGUCCUGGCUGCAGCCGGAGGCGGGCGGGGGCGGGCUCUUCAGUGGCAUAUACAACGUCAUGAACAUCAUGGCCACCAAUGGAUGGUAACAACGAACGAGAAAUCCACUCCUGCACGCACGAUGCUCUCUUCUGUGUGCAGGGUGUCUCCCGAGACAGCAAGAAAGGCGUGUUUCCCCUUUAUGUAUCUGCCACUGAAGGCCGUGCUGGAGCCCUUUCGCCCCUUCCGAUGCAGCAACCCCCCAAUGGAGGAGCCGCUCGACACCAACGGCCCUUUGGCAUUCCCGGCAUUCCAAAAGGUGCUGCCUCUGCAGCUGGAGGCCAUCUGGACGGAGGACGAUCGCUUCUUCCUCCAUAGAUAUGAGAGGCGGAUUGCCUCGGCCAGAUGCGACAAACAUGAGGCCGCUGAGCUGUUCUUUGAUGAGGUGGGUGAGAGUGCACGCACAAAGGCCCCACUGUCCACGGCAUAAGUGUGUGUCUGUGGGUAUGCGUGUAUGCAGAUUGUGUCAUCGAUCCGCGAGUGGAGUGAGGGCAUGGUGACGUCGUUCAUGCGGGAGGACUGCCGGAUGGUGACCGACAGCGGCCCCAGCAACGUGCCCAUGAUGGUGGAGGAGUUCUACGCCACCCUGAGACACGAGCUGGUGCGCGUCAAUGACGGGCGGCCCAGGCCACUCGGCAUCAAGACACACCUGCUGGUCAUCAGGAAAUUGUGAGUGGAGAGGGGACAGGGGUGCUGUCGAUACGUUGUGUAGAUUUGCAUCAAUCGGCUUUCCCCUUUGUGAAUGCGCGGUUUGCUGAAGCCAGCCUGUGUGUAUGUCGAUGUGCGUGCCUGCUGUGCUGUGGCAGUUUUGAGC